AUGAAUCAACCAAUUGGAAAGAUAUUAUAAACAAAUGACCCUAAGGAGGAUGUCAAAUUUGUAAACUAAUUCAAUCUUCACGAAAUGAAUGACUUAACAGAUUGA